CCCCGCCCGCCGGGAGCCCGCCCGCCCGUGCAGCCUCGCUCCGCGCCCCGCCAGCGCCCGGCUCGGACGCGCUCUGGUCCGCGUGCUCCAUGGGGAAAGCGGCCGCUCAGAGUCGAGGCGGCGGCUGCGGCGGCCGCUCGCGAGGGCUCUCGUCGCUGUUCACUGUUGUGCCCUGCUUGUCGUGCCACACGGCGGCUCCGGGCAUGAGCGCUGUCACGUCCGCCUCCGGACUGGAGCCCAAACCUCAGCCCCAGCCGGUGCCCGCCCCGGAGCGGGAGUCGCCAGAGUACUUGCCGAGAUCCGACCCUGGCUCCGAGACGUCGCCCGAGCCGCAGACAGACUCGGGGCAGGGGACGGAACUCCUGGGCUUGCGGCCGAGGUCGGAGUUGGGCGCUGGGUCGUUUACCAGGGCCUUAGCGGAGCAGCUGACCCCGCUGGGGUUAGUAGUGGAGAGCAAGCCCUUUCUCAAACCCGAAUCUGGGUUGCUGCAAAAGCCUCUGCCUCCUCCGCGAUCCGGACAGGGGAAGACGCCUCUUGGGCUUCCAGUGUCAGGGACUGGCUUGAUCUCCAAUGACCCAGUGGCCUCACUGCCUCUGGACAGCUACAAGGGCUGGCUUCUCAAGUGGACCAACUACCUGAAGGGCUACCAACGCCGCUGGUUUGUACUCGGCAAUGGUCUGCUGUCCUACUACAGAAACCAGGGUGAAAUGGCCCACACCUGCCGUGGAACCAUCAACCUGGCCACUGUGCACAUUGGCAUGGAAGAUUCUUGUGGUAUCUUGCUGACCAGUGGAGCAAGGAACUACCACCUCAAGGGCAGCUCAGAGGUGGACCGGCAGCAGUGGAUCACUGCCCUGGAGCUGGCUAAGGCCAAGGCUGUUCGCAUGAUGGACACCCAUUCAGAUGACUCUGGGGACGACGACGAAGGGACUGCCUCCCCAGCUGACAAGAGCGAGCUCCAGUACACACUUAAGAACCUCUCCCUGAAGUUAGAUGACCUUAGCACAUGCAAUGACCUCAUUGCCAAGCAUGGGGCAGCACUCCAGCGCUCCCUGAAUGAGCUGGAUAGCCUCAAGAUCCCCUCUGAGAGUGGGGAGAAACUGAAGGUUGUGAAUGAACGGGCCACCCUCUUCCGAAUCACAUCAAAUGCUAUGAUCAACGCCUGCAGGGACUUCUUGGAAUUAGCUGAGAUACACAGCCGGAAAUGGCAGCGGGCACUGCAGUAUGAGCAAGAGCAGCGUGUCCAUUUGGAAGAGACCAUUGAACAGUUGGCCAAGCAGCACAACAGUCUUGAGCGGGCCUUCCGCAGUGGCCCUGGUUGGCCUGCCAACCCCAGCAAGAGCUUCAGCGAGGGAAGCUUCUUGACUUCCAAAGGAGAGGAUAGUGAGGAAGAUGAAGAUACCGAGUACUUUGAUGCCAUGGAAGACUCUACAUCCUUCAUCACCGUGAUCACUGAGGCCAGUGAAGACAGAAAAGCUGAAGGUGGAACCAGCACAUGUGGAACUGUAGAUUGGACGACGGCAGACAGUGUGAGUGAGGCCUCACUUGUGCCCAAGGGCUCAGACAAACUCAAGAGGCGUGCCCGCAUCCCUGACAAGCCCAACUACAGCCUUAACCUUUGGAGCAUCAUGAAGAACUGCAUUGGUCGUGAGCUCUCCAAGAUCCCCAUGCCAGUGAACUUCAAUGAGCCCCUGUCCAUGCUCCAGCGGCUGACAGAGGACCUAGAGUACCACCACCUGCUGGACAAGGCGGUGCACUGCUCCAGCUCUGUGGAGCAGAUGUGCCUGGUGGCUGCCUUCUCUGUAUCCUCCUACUCCACCACUGUGCACCGCAUAGCCAAGCCCUUCAACCCCAUGUUGGGGGAGACCUAUGAGCUGGACCGCCUGGAGGAUAUGGGCCUGCGCUCCCUCUGUGAGCAGGUGAGCCACCAUCCCCCAUCAGCUGCCCACUAUGCAUUUUCCAAGAACGGCUGGAGCCUCUGGCAGGAGAUCACCAUCGCCAGCAAGUUCCGGGGAAAGUAUAUCUCCAUCAUGCCACUGGGUGCCAUUCACUUAGAAUUCCAGGCCAGUGGAAAUCACUACGUAUGGAGGAAGAGCACCUCAACUGUGCACAACAUCAUCGUGGGCAAGCUCUGGAUUGAUCAGUCAGGGGACAUUGAGAUUGUGAACCAUAAAACUAAUGAUCGAUGCCAGGUGAAGUUUGUGCCCUACAGCUACUUCUCCAAAGAGGCAGCCCGAAAAGUGACUGGAGUGGUGAGUGACAGCCAGGGAAAGGCCCACUAUGUGCUGUCAGGCUCAUGGGAUGAGCAGAUGGAAUGCUCCAAGAUCGUGCAGAGCAGCCCCAGCAGCCCCAGCUCCGAUGGGAAGCAGAAGACCGUGUACCAGACCCUACCAGCCAAGCUCCUGUGGAGGAAGUACCCACUGCCGGAAAACGCGGAGAACAUGUACUACUUCUCUGAGCUUGCGCUGACCCUCAACGAGCCGGAAGGCGGAGUGGCGCCCACUGACAGCCGCCUGCGGCCGGACCAGCGGCUGAUGGAAGAGGGAUGCUGGGACCAGGCCAACACCGAGAAGCAGCGGCUGGAGGAGAAGCAGCGCCUUUCGCGUCGCCGGCGACUGGAGAUCUGUGCACCAGGCCGCAGCUGUGGCACGGAGGAAGCAGAAAAGGAGUCAGAUGGGUAUGCUCCGCUGUGGUUCGAGAAGAGACUGGAUCCGCUCACCAGAGAGACGGCCUACGUGUACAAGGGUGGCUACUGGGAGGCCAAAGAGAAGCAGGACUGGCACAUGUGCCCCAACAUCUUCUGAGUGCCACCCCUGCAGCGAAAUACAGAUGCCUGCACAGCCGGGCGCAUCUUUUCUUCAAUGCACACAAUUCAGUACUGAAUACCCCCCUCUGCCCCCUCCUCGGCCUCAUUUUCUUUCCUCUUCCCUCGCCCCCCUAUAGAAAAAACAUUUGGGAAGCUCCUACCUUAUAAGGGGGAAAGGCUGACCCGGGUUCUCUCCAUCUCCUAGGUGCACCGGGUCACCUGUGCCCCUUCACCAUCGUCUUGGGCCCCAUGGGCACCCCAGCUCCCACUUAACAUAACUCAGGCUGGCUGGCCCAGGUCACCAGCCCCAACCCAGGGAGGUACUGGCCUUUUCCUGGGAACGUCUUUUGACUUUUUUAGAAAAGGAAAAAUGAUCUCCAUUUCUUUUCAGCCAUGAUGUUUAGUAAGUAUUUUUAGUAUAGCACUUAGCUUUCCAAGUGUGCUUUCUUGCCACAAAAUUGUACUGGCAAGAAUCCCUUUUUAAGACAUCAGGAAGCCAGACCCCUUUGAAGCGGGAGCAUUUUGUAGCUGAAUAUGGCAAGGCCUGCUUUCUAUCCGAGCUACCCAUCCACCUGGAGCCUUUAGACCACAGAGAUGGAGCAGAAAGGGUCUGUCCUGGGCCAGCUGAGCACAGAUGGUCUUUGGUAUGACAACCCAUGUGUGGGGUGGGGGACUCCUGAGUGCCCCCAUGUGGACUGAGAGCAGCAGCCCUUUGCCUAACCUUGGCCAUGCUGGGGCAGUCGCCUAGCCCCAAACAGGUCAAGAAGGGCUGAAAAGGGGCGGGGGGAGCUGUAGGUGCUCCCCACCCUGAGAAUCAGGCCCCAAAUCAGCAAUAACAAACCCUCUGCACAGCCUGGGCUGGUGUCCCAGGCACUAUGGACCUGGUAUCCCACCUCAUCCUCAGGUGGCUCCAGGGGUGCCCCAUUUUAGCAUCCCCUGAACUCUUUUAUUUGCCUAACUUAUAUAUAUGAUAUAUAAAUAUAUAAUAGCUAUUUUGCUUAAAUUUCUAUAGUAUGUAAAUGUGAAAAAUGAUGAAGACAGGGCAUGCCUGUCUGAGUUUGGCUCCCAUAAACUGUGCCCUACCCUCUCCUCAUACCCCUUCUGGUGGCUUCUGCUAACCUUAAGGGGACUGGGCCACUGUAGCCACAGUCCCAGCCCUCAAAAACCCAUUCCAACUUUUCCCAUUUCAGUUUCAUCCUGAAAGUUCACUGUGGGGUUUUUGUUUCUAUUCUAGGACUGGUUUUUAUAUAAAAAACAAAAACAAAAAACAAAAGUGAAAACACCAACGUGUGAAAUGCCUUAUGAUGCCCACUCCAGAAGGGUGGGUUGGGGGGUCCCAUGGAGCCUCCCCUCAGAGCUAUGGAAUGGAGCUUCCUGACACUGUUUGUGAGCAAGCAGCUUUUGACCCCUAAUAAAAACCCUUGGCUUUGGA